AUGAGGGCGUCAUCUGUACUGGACCUCAACAAGAAGUGGUUUAUGGUGCCACUGCCGCUGCGCACUUGCAGUCUGCGCGAUGUGGCCACCGCCACCGUCACCAAAGAGCAGAUGGACACGUACUACCAGGAGGCGCAGGCCAUCCUUGAUGGAGAAGGCAAGGCGGCGCAGAUGGACCACGGCCGCUGGUACAGCUCGCAGUUUAUGAGUCGCGGUACGACGUCCGAUAAGAUCGCCUCCGCCGCGGUGAAGCUCGCAGAUACUGACUUCAUGUUCUACCUGGACGGAUUCACGUUACUCUUUGAUACAGCGCGCAUGGACACACACCACUACGAGGCGGCGCUCAAGGCGCUGACGGCUGUGUGGCCAAAGCUGUUGCCACCUCGCCCGCUGAAGCGCUUUGUCUCGCAGUACUUUGCCACACUGCCAACGGACGAGGUGGCGCGCAAGACGACACUCGUCUACUGGUAUCUUGAAGACUACCUGAAGCGCACCUACGCUCAGUUCCUGUCCUUGGGCGAGUCGAUGCUGAAGGACCGUAUUGUGCAGCGCCGCGAUACGUGGCUGGAUGCUGUGGGCAAGCUGCUCUGCUCCAUUGCCGAGGGCCGCAGCACUGCCAUGGCGAUGAUGAUUGACAAACUGGGCGAUCCUCUCUCUAGCGUCGCACACAAGGCGUACCAUCACUUGCUGAAGCUUCUCUCGGAGUCCUCUACGCACCAGUCGAUGUUGUUUACAGAGUUGGAGAAGACCAUCUUCAUGAAAAACUGCCCACUUCGGACAAUGCGCUACGCCGCCAAUGUCAUGAACCAGCUCGUCUUCAGCAAGGAGGAGCGUAAGCUGGCACUCAAGUGCGUACAGACCUACCUUAGCCUCUUCCGCCAGCCCGCCCUAACCGGCAACGUCGACUCCACAGUGACGACGGCCAUCAUUGUUGGGUUGCGCCGUGCCUUCCCGUACGCUGGGGUCGACCUGGCCUCGCUGGAGGAGCACCUCAACGCUCUUUUCAUCCUUGCCAACACUGGCAGCUUUCAGCAGCGCGUGGCCACACUGACGCUGCUGCAGCUUCUCGCCUUCAAUAAAGGAACGGCGGAGUCUUUCCUAAAUCGCUGGUACCGUACCCUCUACGGACUGCUGCUGCUCUCGCCGAAGCAGAUACCGCAGUCGGCGCAGCUCACUAACUUUUUCUCCCUCUUACACAAGGCCAUGCGAGCCGACAAGUCGAAGGCACGCGUGGCUGCCUUCGUUCACCGACUUCUGCAGCGCGCCCUCUUCUUCAACGACGCUGUCAUCUGUGCGGUGCUCUUGUUAGUCGGCGAGAUGUCACAGGCUCACCCCCACGUGCGCAAUAUGCUCAAGGCGCACGCGAACCCCCCAGCCCCCUCUACCGCGCUCGCACAUAAGUGCAAGGCCGGCCAAAGCACGAGCAACGCCAGUGCGGCCUCCUCCAGCUCCGACUACGACCCCAGGGCUCGUGAACCGCUCUUCGCGAACGCCGCCGGAGAGUGUGUUUGGACACUCAACGUUCUCUCGCGCCACUCACACCCGUCUGUCGUCAAGCUCUCCAUACUGUUGCUCUUUGGCGAGGACAUUGUCUUUGAUGUGCAUCCGCUCGAUGACAUGACGCCGCUCAAUUUCCUCAACAUGUUUGUCGACGCCACGCCCGAUGUAAAGGAAGAGGACGACUACAAGGGCAGCGGUGCGACUACAGGCAUUUCCAUCUUCCACCGUGCUGCACACAAAGCGAGUCUGCCCAGCACGUCCGACCCGUACUUCGUCAACGCCAGCCCGCAGGAUGUGGACGUGUCGGCACUCUUUCUGCACCGGUACGCCGUGCAGCGUCGUCGAUUCCUCGAAGGCUUGUCGCAGGUGCGCACCACCUGGGGUGAUGCGAGUGGCGAGGCAGAUGUGGCGAUGCGCGUGACAAGCCUUGACACGGCCCUCUUCGGUCCCUCUGGCACGCUGGCCGACCCCGCGGAGACGACAAGUGCAGCGGGCGCAUCAUGUGGUGUCAAGAAGGCAGCAGCGACACCAAGGCGUGCGGCAACGAAGGACAAGUACGGGGAGGUGUCCCGUGAGGAGGAGCAGGACGGGCAAGACAGCACCGAUGGCACAGCGGACGACGGUGAUGACGGCCGUGAUGGUGGUCUGGUUGACUUCGACGCCGAGGUCAGUGAUAACGAUCUCGAGUGGGGUCUGGAUGACGAUGCCGCCUACGACACCGAGCUCGAUGAGGAGGAAAUGAUGGUGGAGAAAGAUGAGGAGGAUGCUGAGAAUGCGCUGGGCGGAAGCACUGCGGCGGUAGCCUCCAUAGCGGACGAGGGGGACGACUUUCGCGAGCUCAUCGAGAUGAACACGAAGGAGAUAUCGAAAAAACGCCGGCUCGAGAUGGACUGGCUCGAGAGUCGCUCGGCUGGUGGUAGUGGGGGCGGCUUCGGUUUCGGCCGCGGUCGUGGACGCGGCGGUGCCAGCCGCACUGCUGGUGCCUCUCCAUACGGCCGUGGUCGCCUGUGCGGUCGCUUUUCUUCUCGCAUUCAGAGUGGCGACGGCUUCAGGCGUGGCCGCUACUAA